AUGAAUUCAUUACUCUUCAGAGAAGCCUUGCAGCAUGCUUCAAGUACUGAUAUUUCCAAGCUUCUGCUGUCAGCUGCAACUUUGGGCGUCCUUUCCCAUGUCUCAUUGUUCCGCAGUUUACCCGUGGAGGAGUACUUAUAUGGCCUGCUCGGUUUAUAUACUGCAACAGUGGUUGCUGUAACGGUUUUAUAUCUUACUGCUACAGCCUUUUCCCCGCUACAAGUUCUUCUCCGUGUGGGAUGCAUCUCAGCAGCAUUUAAUACAGGUCUAGCAUCCAGCAUCGCGAUCUAUCGGUUGUUCUUCCAUCGUCUGCGUCGCUUUCCUGGUCCUCGGCUAUCCAAACUUUCUCGUUUCUACGAUGCGUACCUUGCUGGAAAAGGCCUGCAAUACCAUGUGGAAAUCGCCGAAAUGCACAAGAGAUAUGGAGACUUUUUCAGAACCGGCCCGCGAGAGAUAUGCAUCGUCCGCAAAUCCGCAGUCCCACUGCUCCUAUCUCCCCAGUCUAAAUGCGGAAAAUCAACAUUCUACGCUCAGGCACAAACAGAGGCAGAAUACUGCAACGUCCACCAAACGCGUGACUUCGAGGAUCAUCGCAGACGGCGAAAGGCGUGGGAUCGCGGACUCAGCGUCAAAGCCCUUGCAACAUACGAGCCGAGCAUCAGAGCCAAAGCAGAUCUUCUGGUCUUGCACAUCGAGAAAAACAGAGGGCGGGCAAUCGAUGCUACCAAGUGGUCCAUGUUCCUCAGUUUCGAUAUAAUGGGCAAAGUUGGGUUCGGAAAAGAGUUCAAUAACUUGUCCACCGGCGUGGAACACCCGGGGAUCAAAGCCAUCCAUGACCACAUGGCUAUACUGGGAGUGAUGUGCCACGUCCCAUGGCUUUUGAAUCUGAUUAGCAACCUUCCUGGAGCAAGUUUUUCAAUGGCCGAAUUCUUUAAAUGGUGUGAAGAUGAAAUCGUACAAAAACACAGAAGCUGGGACAUCAAAGAAACCCCGCAAGAUAUAACCUCGUGGCUUUUGAAAGCGUACGUACACAAGGAGGUGUCGGCUGCUCCCACAGCGAACGCGCUGCAUGAGGACUCUCGAGCAGUUAUAGUGGCCGGCAGUGAAACCACAGCCACAACAUUAGCCUCAAUCCUCUACUUUCUCUGUAAAAAUCCAGAGAUCCUAGCGAAGCUUCAGCUUCUCCUAGACGAGGCCAUGCCCGGCGGGUCCUCGGAGUGGACUUAUGACAAAAUCAAAACUAUCAGUUACCUCGACGACAUCAUUAACGAAACGCUUCGGCUGCGGCCUGCUAUUCUGACGGGUGGGUACCGCGUUACACCGGCAGAAGGAUUGCAGGUAGACGAGGUUUACAUUCCUGGCGAUGUGAACGUCUUUGUUCCUACUCAGUUGAUCCAGACGGACGAGCGGUACUAUGUCGAUGCGAAGCGCUUUGUCCCUGAGCGAUGGAAUGAAAAAAAGGAGAUGAUUCAAGAUGGAGCUCCAUAUUUUCCAUUUUUAUACGGACCUUAUGUCUGCCCUAAAAAAAAUCUUGCUCUUAUGAGCCUUAGAAUCUCAGUUUCUAAGUUGGCGCAGCUCUAUGACAUACAUUUCGCACCGGGUGAGAAUGGGGAGCUUUUCGAGACUAGGACACUGGAUACAUUUACCACUACACUGCCGCCAUUGCACGUUCAGUUUUUAAGUCGAUGA